CUUUUCUCAAACACUCUCUCUCUCUCUCUGAUAGAAAUAGCUUCAGUGGGAUAACCAUUUAAUGGGUCCUCUGGAGCGUAACUAAAGAUCCUUCAUUUCUCUCUUCUAUUUGCUAUUUCGUAAUUCUUGAGAAAAAUUUCAAUGGCUGGGAUUUGCUGUGGAGUUGUGGGAGAAGGAGAAGCAACGGCUGCGAUUGAGCCGAGCUCUCGAGCUUCGAGGCGGAGGAGAGUGGAACAGCUCGUCCCUUUGAAGCUGAUGGCUGACGCGGCGCCGCAGACACUGGCUAGUCCCGGUAGGAAACGCCAGAAGCUAGUUGCUCCGCGGCGAGGCUACGAAAAGGAGAGCGCAGACGCCGUCGUAUUGAGCGACGGGAAACGAGAAGAGGAAAGCGAGGUGUUUUUGCAUAAGAAUCAAGAACAGAGUUCCCGUGAGAGCCCGAAGCCUUUGGAGGUGAGCAAUGAAGUGGGGCAAGUGUGCCUUAAGUACGGAGUAACCUCCGUUUGUGGACGAAGAAGAGACAUGGAAGACGCUGUUUCAGUCCACGGUUCCUUCUCAAAUAAGUCUCACUUCUUCGGCGUUUUCGACGGCCAUGGUUGCUCUCAUGUCGCUAUGAAGUGUAAGGACAGGUUACAUGAGAUGGUGAAGGAAGAGGUUGAAGGUAAAGGUGAAGGAGUGGAAUGGAAGGUCACGAUGGAGAAGAGCUUUGAUCGGAUGGACAAGGAAGUUCAGGAAUCUAGUGGGCCUGUCAUGGGCUCAAAUUGCAGGUGCGACCCCCAGACUCCGCAGUGCGACGCCGUUGGAUCCACCGCCGUGGUUGCCGUCGUGACUCCGGAGAAGAUCGUCGUCGCUAACUGCGGCGACUCCCGCGCCGUGCUUUGCCGAAAAGGCGUCGCUGUCCCUCUCUCCGUUGAUCACAAGCCCGACCGACCCGACGAGUUGGUUCGGAUCCAAGAAGCUGGUGGUCGCGUAAUUUACUGGGAUGGCGCUAGAGUUCUAGGAGUCUUGGCUAUGUCCAGGGCAAUAGGUGACAAUUAUUUGAAACCGUACGUGAUAUCGAAACCGGAGGUGACGAUAACGGAUCGGACGGCUGAGGAUGAGUGUCUAAUCCUGGCGAGCGAUGGGCUUUGGGAUGUGGUGUCAAACGACGUCGCUUGCAGUGUGGCGCGCAAUUGCUUGAGAGCGCAGAACCCGCCCUCGCCGCCCAUGUCGCCGGGAAGCAACGCGGCGGUCGGCGCCGCUUCGGAGAGCUCCGACAAGGCUUGCUCCGGCGCCUCAAUUCUGUUAACCAAGUUGGCCUUGGCUAGGCAUAGUACGGACAACGUAAGCGUUGUUGUUGUUGAUUUGAGAAGAAAUCAUCACUUAUAACCCUCUUCGAUUAUAGAAUACAUAAAACCAAUCUUUGCCAAAAGAAAAAGGAAAGAAAAGUUAAAAAAAGAAAAAAAGAA